AUGCUAGCUCAUGUUAUGAGCAACCAAGUAGUUGUUGCUUCUCCUAAUGCUCCUACUCUGGCUUUUAGAGUGAGAAAUUUUGCAAGGAUGAACCCACUCGAAUUCCAUAAUUUAAAGGUAGAUGAAGAUCCCCAAGAAUUCAUUGAUGAUGUGUAUAAGGUGGUGGCUAUUUUUGGACAGACUUCGAAAGAAAAAGCAAAAUUGGUUGCCUACCAACUCAAAGGGGUUGCCCAUGUAUGGUAUAGUCAAUGGAAGUCCAAGAGGGUUGAUGAGGGUCCCAUAGGUUGGGAAGAUUUCAAACUUGCAUUUCUUGAUCGCUUUCUCCGACUUGAGCUAAGGGAAGAAAGGAUGAGAGAGUUCAUUUAUCUCAAGAAAGGAAACAUGAGUAUAAGCGAGUAUACCCUCAAGUUCACCAAGCUAUCCAAUUAUGCUCCUUCUUUGGUUUCCGAUCCUCAUGCUUGA